UCUAUUUUUAGCAUUGUGGUGUAGGUAGAAUGCUUAACUAAUACAAUUACUGGUUUAUAAGUCAUUCAAGAAUAUCAUGGCGCAGAGAAGCUUUCAGUUGAGUAACAAAAUUUUUGAAUUGAAGUUUCCUCUCCUGCUUCUGCUGUCCCAAAAUAUUCUCGUGCUUUUCUCUGAUUAGCACGGGACAGUAUUCUAGCUGACAGCAAAUAUUCAAGAGGCUGUUUACAUAAAAGUGAGAAAUUUAUAUGAUUGAAAGUCUGCCAGAUUAACUACUAUGUCUCUAUAUUUUGAUCUUGAAGACCUGGAGAGUUUCGAUCAUCUAAGUGUGGAUGAUGAUGGUACCCAGAAUGAAUUUGAAAAGGUGGAAAGUUCAGAUGCAAACCAAACUGAAAAAGAGCGCAUUGUAGGGAUCAAUGCCACUCAUAAUGCUAAUAAUGCACUCAUUCUCAAGCUUCCUCAUGAAAUACUCUCAUAUAUUCUCAAAUGGGUGAUUUCAAGCCACUUAGAUGUUAUAUCUCUCGGACAAUGGGCCCUUGUUUGUAAAGAUUUCUAUUCUCUUUCACAAGAAUCAGAUUUAUGGCAUUCCAUGUGCCAAAAAAUAUGGGGUGAUAAAGUUAUCAGAAAACCAUAUUCUUCAUGGCAAUCACUCUUUUUGUGCAAACCGCAUAUUCACGUCCAUGGAGUAUAUAUUAGUCGAAAUUCCUAUGUUCGAGCUGGAGAUGGAUCAUCUUUUAGAUACAAACCAUAUCUAUAUGUGGAAUAUUUCCGUAUUCUUCGAUUUUUCCACAACGGAGAAGUAAUGAUGUUGACCACACCACAAGAUCCAAGAGAAGUUGUUCACAAACUAGAACACAAAAACAAAAAAGUUCAAGGCUUGCUAUUAGGAAGGUAUGUUCUACAAGAAGUUCAGGAUCAAAACUCGACUGCAAUCAUCACUGCAUCACUACGACCAUUCUACAUACCCAAAGACAUCACUCGUCAAACUAACAGAAAUCGUAGAGGAAAUAGGACCGCUCCUGAAGCGAUAAAUGAAUAUCAGUUGGAGCUAGAACUGACAUCAACAUCAUCUAAGAAAAGGUUCAACAAACUUACUUGGGUUCAUCAUUCGUGUUGUACAAGUUAUCCAGGGGUAGUAGAGAAAAGAGUCUCCACAUAUGAUAUUACAAGGCAAUACCCGGCCUUGUAUUUCAAUAGAAUAAAAACUUUCACUGCAGAAUCACUUUACCCACUAUAAUGCGGUAUUUCUUUUAGUAAGUAGUUUAUUUUUAUUUGAAAAGGAUUUUAUUUUGUUUGAGUAUAUUUUGGUGUAUUAUUAUAACUUGCAUAUAUUUUACUUGUUUAGCUAUAGUGCUGGACAUAAACCAUCUCCGAUAAAUCAAGCCUCAUUAUUGCAGAACUUUUAGUUUAGUAGCAAAAUAUCAAAAUUCAGGCGUAUAUUUGAUAUUAACAUAACCUGCAACUCUGACAAAGUAGCAAUUAAAUAUAACACAAUUCACAUCAAACAGUGUAUUUAUGGCGAUACAAAAUGGUAACCUGACACAUGCAAAUAGUUUCUAUGGAUAUGUAAAUGAAUUUUGUGUGAACAGUAUAUUUUGUCACUUCGGUUGUUGCUACCUUUAAACAUACAUUAACGGUAUUUUAAGGUGUCCAUGCAAUUGAGAAUUAUGUUACUAAUUGUAUCAAGCUGAUUGUGCAUGCUUUACAAAGUUGACAUACUGAUAUAUUACUUUUUUCUUUCAUCGUAUUCGUAGAUAAUAUGGAAUACUAUUUUACAGGCGUUCAGAUUGUACACUUUCCGGCCAUGAUAAGUAAUUUUUGUGAAAUUAUUUAAAGUGAGGUAUUUGCUUUAGCGUAUUUACUCUGUACCCUUUAAUCAUGGCUAUUGAACAAAACUAUAUUAUUUUAUAUCAGUGAUAUCCUCUAGCUCAAUGUUUUUCAACCUAUGGAUUGUGCAACCCAAAACUGGGUCGCGUAAAAAUCUUUUUGGGUCGCUUUUUCCAACAAAAACUCCACAGAGUUGAGGAUUUUAUUUUUAGUAAAUUUUAUUGUUCGUUUCAUUUUUGGUAUUGGAGUGUUGCUCAAAAGUUAUUAAGGGAUGUAUCACAGCACGAAAACUCAGUGGCAUCUAUCUAUUUUGUUUAAAGUCAAGCCAUGAUUUUAAAAUAUACGAAAACAAGUGCAGGUUUCUCAUAUUAAAGUGAUUUCUGGAAAAAUGAAUGUUAUGUAAAAAUGAAUAUUUUAUAUUAGUAAUUUAAUUUUGCAGCCAUAAAAGCACUACUCGGCGUUUAGCAUUUGAGCAUAUAUUCUUGGGUCUUGAGACUUGACAAAAUUGAAUUUAUAAAAAAUUUGGGUUGCUCGAAAAAAAGAACGGUAACACCUGCUCUAGCUUACCACAUUGCAAACAUAGAACAUAUUAAUAAGUCUUAUUUUUCUUGAAGGAUAAUGCUGUCAGACACAUUCAGUGCUUAUUAGAAAUAUAUUCUUCGCUUCCACUAUUAAACUACUACGAUUGAAUGUCUUGCCAAUUUAUGAUUCAAUUUUUCUCCUGACCAUUUUUUUGAUCAUAGUUAAGAAGAAUAAGUUGUUACCUAAUAUUGACCGAAAAUCUCAAGUUACUAACAAAGUUAAAAUUCGUAAAUGGAUAUUUAAAACAAGUUUUCUGAACACCUUAUACCUGAAGUAAAUUUAUUGUUUUAUGGUGGUGGGAGCAAUUUUGUUCAAAUACCUUUGCUUUUAUUGAUUUAUGUAUGCAAUAAUAUUAUUUCCAGCAAAAAGAUGGCAAAUUCUUGAGCGUAAAUUUUAUCAUAACCUCUAGUGUGGAGAUAAAGCAUGUGGUAACUAAUGAAGGAACAUUAACAGAAAUAUAUAUAGGCUACAGAUUGCCAUGUCUUAUUUACAUUCAAGAUUUCAUCAGAUGCUUAACUUCAGUAUCACCGGGUUCAUAGCUAUUAUACUGUCAUCGCUAUUCAUUUUCAUGACGAUUUAUUAUUGCUUACGCCUCUAAAAUGACGAGGUUAAAUUGUUGUCAUUUGCACCAUGAUGAUGACUGUGUCAUGCUUAUUUGAUUCAUUAUUAAUCACUGCAACAAUGUUUUUAAGUUUGAAUAAAUGCUGUAUAAUGAAAACUGA